UGAGCCAAUUUGCCUUGUUUUCUUGUUUUAUUAUCUUAUAUUUAUUUACUAUAACUAUAAAACUAUCUUUACCAAACUAACUUAAACAGAUUCUGAAAUAUAAGUUGUUAUGCCUUCUGUUUCUAUAUUCAUGUAAUUUAGUUUUGUAAAAAUGAGUGACUCUGAACUAGCAUAUGGGUCUUCUCUAACAGUUGACUCAAUUAAAGUUAUUGCAGAAAGUGUAGGUAUUGCAAAUCUAGGUGAUGAUGCAGCAAAAGAAUUGGCCGACGAUGUUUCAUUUCGACUUAAAAUAAUUGUUCAAGAUGCAAUGAAGUUUAUGCAUCAUGCUAAGCGACAGAAGCUAUCUAUAACUGAUAUAGACAAUGGUCUCAAAAUUAAAAACAUGGAGUGUCAAUAUGGCUUCAUACAACCUGAUUCAUUACCCUUCCGUUUUGCUUCUGGUGGUGGCAGAGAACUUCAUUUUGUGGAAGAAAAGGAAAUUGAUUUAUCAGAAAUUCUUUCAACACCACCCCCAAAGAUUCCAUUGGAUGUUUCUGUAAGAGCACAUUGGUUAAGUGUUGAUGGUGUACAACCUGCAGUUCCAGAAAAUCCUCCUCCACUAUCUAAAGAAGCUCAGAAGCUUGAGUCUGUUGAUCCCAUUACAAAAUUAAGCAAGCCCAGUAAUAAAGAUGCGGCAGGUAAACCUGUGUGUGGAAAAGCAGCUCGAUUGAAAGCUUCAGAAUCCGUACAUGUAAAACAACUUGCUACUCAUGAAUUAAGUGUUGAACAACAACUUUACUAUAAAGAAAUUACGGAAGCCUGCGUUGGGAGUGAUGAAGCCAGACGAGCAGAAGCAUUACAAUCAUUGGCAUGUGACCCGGGACUGCAUGAGAUGUUGCCGAGAAUGUGCACUUUCAUUUCGGAAGGAGUUAAAGUAAAUGUUGUGCAAAAUAAUCUUGCACUUCUUAUAUACUUGAUGAGAAUGGUCAAAGCACUAUUGGACAAUCAAUCCCUCUAUUUGGAAAAAUAUUUACAUGAACUAAUUCCUUCAGUGUCAACAUGCAUUGUAUCACGGCAACUAUGCCUGAGACCAGAAAUGGAUAACCACUGGGCUUUGCGAGAUUUUGCAGCACGUCUUAUGGCACAAAUAUGCAAAACUUUUAAUACUUCUACUAAUAAUCUACAAACAAGAGUUACAAGAUUAUUUGCGAAGGCAUUGCAAUGUCCUUCUCAAACGAAUAAUGAAACUGGCAAUGGGCCAUCUAUGGUUACCACUAUGAAAGAGUCGGAGAAGACACCUCUUGCAUCCCUCUAUGGUGCAGUGCAAGGUUUGGCAGAACUCGGACCUGAAGUUGUUAAGGUGUUCAUUCUGCCGCGCGUGCGUUGGCUGGGCGAGCGCGUGGAGGGCGCGCUGAGCGGCAUAGGAGGCGCGGACCGUCUCGCGGCCGGCAACCUCAAGCACCAGCUGCUCAAGGUGCUCGCACCAGUCGUGCGUCAGCUGCGCCAGCCGCCGGACGUGCCCGAUGACUAUAAACGUGAUUAUGGGUACCUGGGUCCAAGCCUGCAGCAGAUGGUGAUCAAGUUGCGCACCACGCCCGCGGCGGGUGGUGGCGGCGGGGCGGUGGCCGUGGUGUCGUGCACGCCGCCCCUCGUGCCGCACGCCCCGCCUGCGCCCGCGCCCUCGCCUUCGCCAGCGCCCCCUCCCGCGCCCUCCAAAGCCGCGGAGUGCGUGGCGCGUAACGUGGUGAUAUCGGCGCCCUCCACCCCGCCCCCGCAGAAGUUCGUCAUCGUCUCGCAGCAGAAGGCUCCUCAGGUUCAGGUGUCGAGUAGCGGCCACAUAGUACAUACCUCUCAGCCGACUAUAGUGCGCAACCAAAACGUCCAGUCGGUGGUGGUGACCAGCGGUCCGCCGGGCGGCGCGGGCGCAGGUGGGGCCGGCGCGGGCGCGGGAGGCGGGCCGCCGCCGCAGAAGCUGGUUGUUGUGGGCGUGCCGCCGCAGGGCUCCGCCUCCGCCGCACUACCGACGCUCAGCCAGGCCCCGGUGUCGGUGAUGGCGAAGCCGGUGUUCGUGCGCGCGGGGCAGCCCUCGCAGCCGCCGCCGGAGCUCGACGACCUGUCACACCUCGCGUAGACCACAUCGCUGUGACGUCAUGGACUCGGCCCCGCCCACUCGCACUCCUAUCUAUUAUUCCACUUAUUUAGCAGUAAGGUAAUAAAUAUGUAUUUGGACGUGGUUAAUUUAUGUUUUAGCCCUUUAAUCUAUGAAAGAUUUAUUUUUUUGUAAAA